UUUUUUUUUUUUUUUUAAAUAAUUUAGAGGUGGGACUAUGGAAUUUGUUGGUAGACCCGCCUUUCUUGACCCAAAAAUCUGAAUGAUUUGCCUUUGUUCCUGUUGUCUUAAUAUCAGAACUUCCAUGGAACCAUUCUCUUUUGGUGUUUAAUAUCUAUCAUUUUUCUCUAAAUCCACUGUUAGAUUUUGGAUGCCACUAGUUAAAAGAGAGUCAACCAAGAGAAGCUGAAAGGGUCCCCAAAUUUGCAUCUCCUGCAUUUCUCUUCCCUACUUUGGUGCUAGAGAAGAGAGAGAGAGAGAGAGAGAGAGGAAGGAGAAAUGGGUAUUGUUCCAGAUGAAGCAAUCAAUCAGUUCAAAGCACUAAUGGAUCAAGUUGAAGAGCCAUUGAAGAGGACAUAUCAGAAUAUUCAUCAAGGAUAUCAGACUGAAACUUUGAUUCGUUUCCUAAAAGCUAGAGAGUGGAACGUUGCCAAGGCCCAUAAAAUGUUAGUUGAUUGUUUGCACUGGAGGAUACAAAAUGACAUUGACGAUAUAUUAGUGAAACCUAUAGUCCCAACCGACUUGUAUAGAUCAGUUCGUGAUUCGCAGCUCAUAGGAAUGUCGGGUUACUCAAGAGAGGGGCUUCCGGUCUUUGUUAUUGGUGUUGGGCUUAGCACAUUUGAUAAAGCAUCUGUCCAUUACUAUGUCCAGUCGCACAUUCAAAUGAAUGAAUAUCGAGACCGUGUAAUUCUGCCUUCUGCCUCAAAAAAACAUGGGCGACCAAUAACCACCUGUUUUAAGGUUUUGGAUAUGACUGGUCUGAAGCUGUCAGCACUUAGCCAAAUAAAGUUGCUGACAAUCAUAUCAAGUAUUGAUGACCUGAACUAUCCUGAGAAAACAAAAACAUAUUACAUUGUAAAUGCUCCAUACAUAUUUUCGGCAUGUUGGAAGGUAGUCAAGCCUCUACUGCAAGAGAGGACUAGAAAAAAAGUUCAGGUUCUACCAGGUAAUGGGCGAGAUGAGCUGUUGAAGAUAAUGGAUUUGGCAUCUCUUCCACAUUUCUGCAAAAGGGAAGGAUCUGGAUCAUCACGACAUGCAGAUAAUGCGACAGAGAAUUGUUAUUCCUUGGAUCAUCCCUUUCAUCAACAACUCUACAACUACAUCAAGCAGCAAUCCCAGAUAAAUGAACCUGAUAAACCAAUUAAACAAGGGUCUUUCCAUGUGGAUUUACCUGAGGCUGCAGAAGGAACAGAAAUUGCUAAAACUAUUGAAUCCGAGCUACACAAGUUCGAGAACGGUAACGGGAUUUCCAGGUCAGUAAGCGGCCUCAAAAUCGAUGAUGACUGAGUUGCUUAGUAGAGGUGAAUGAUCAAUCUUGAUACCCAAAAUCACUUUAUUAUAGGUAUACAGUAUCAACAGCGUUGAUUCCCAAAGCUAAUGGUGUAUAUGUAAUUUGAGAAGUUGGCUGGAUAGCUUUUCACAGCCUGAUAUGGUGAAUGUAGCAGAGCAUUGUAUUUCCUAGUUUCCCCAUUUUGGGAUUUUAUUUUGUUUAAUAAAACUUGAUUGUUAGUAAGUAGAACCGAAACUUUGAGAAUCCAAUUGAAUUGAAUCCAAUUAAAAAUCAAA